AUGCUUUUCAACAGAAUUAGAGAACAUCAAGGCGUUGGCAAUGAACUUGACCCCAAAAACUACGCACUAAUAUUACAAGGAACAGAUGAAAUUAUUGCAGGCGAAUAUACGAUCAUUCAGUUCGUUUGUGUCAGACAAUUCUUAUUAUCUGUCACUCCUUUCAUGAAUUUCCUUCUCUUUGAUAGGAACCAAUUGAUUGAACAAAUUAAUUCCAAAGAACUCUCAUUCACGCCACUUCCUGAACCAACUGCUGAGCAGAGAUAUAAACCAUUAGUUCUCAAAGAAAAUGUCAAACCAUGUUUUGCUCAAAUUGGCGGUUUCCCACAUUUACUAUCCAAAGAAUACUUUUCCAUCAUCAUUAACGGAUGCUUCAACAUUCCAAAGGAACUCUCCGCAAGAGCAUAUAUCAUAAGAGCCGCCAUUUAUCAUGGUUCGAAUGAACUUGGAGCUCCAACAAUGACAAAGCCUUCUUUAGGCGGAACAAGUGUUUCAUGGAAUGAAGUGUUGAUAUUAACAACACAAAUCCAGUUGAUUCCACGUUCAGCAAGAGUAGCAAUCACUCUCUAUAACUAUGAGAAAAUCGGUACAAAGGAAGGAGCAGUUGCAACAAUCAACAUUCCUGUUUUUAAUUUCGAUGGAUGGGUCAAUUCUGGAGUGAAUUUCUGCUCGAUGUGGAAUGGAAAAGACACAGAUCCAAUGUUAACAACUUGCCAAUGCGAAGAUGAAGAUGCAACAAGAAUUUUAUUUGAAAUUCCUCAAUACAAGUUCCCAAUAACAUUCACAGCACCUCCACAAACAAUUCAACGUGGAAGUAUGACAUCAAUAAGAAUUUCAACUCAACAAAGAAUUUCUAUUGAGAAUUUGAAGAAGAGAGUUUUCGAUCCAUUGAAGAAGUUAAGUUGCGAAGACAAAAACUUAAUCUACAAACACAGACAUGAUCUCUAUGACAUGACAUCAAUGUUACCUUUAGUUUUGUCUUCAAUUGAUUAUACAAUUCCCACACAAGUAAAUGAAGUUUCAAUUUUACUUCAGAGAUGGGACAGAUUGUCUCCAAAAGAAGCUUUGACAUUACUUGAUUCAGAGUUUGCUGAUUAUAGAGUGAGAACAUACGCUGUUGAGAUCCUUGAAAGUUUCUCUGAUGAUGAAAUUAUGUUGUACAUGCUUCAAUUAGUUCAAGCAUUGAAGAACGAGAUGUAUGAUUAUUCUCCUUUGUGCAGAUUCCUAUUUAGAAGAGGUUUGAAUGAACCAAAGUUCUUGGGACAUAAGCUCUUUUGGCAAUUGAUGUCUGAAGCUCAUAUAUCACAUAUCAGACGCAGAUUCAGCUCUUUUGUCGUGAAUUUCUUGUAUGGAAGUGGAAUUUACAGAGAAGAACUCAUAACUGGUUACAAAUUUACACAGGAAUUGGUGAGAUUGAAUCAAAAAUUAUGCAAAUUAAGUCAUGCUGAUGCAACAGGACCAUUCAGAGAUGCCCUCUCAAAGUUCAACUUGCCAAACAAAUUCCAUCUUCCUAUGGAUCCAAGAUUAGUUGUUGACGCUUUCAUCGUUGAAAAAUGCAAAGUUAUGAAUUCGAAGAAGAAACCUUUCUGGUUGACAUUCCACAAUGCAGCUCCUUUUGUAACAGAACCAAUUCGAGUUCUCUUCAAAGUUGGUGAUGACUUGAGACAAGAUCAAUUAACACUCCAGGUAAUGAGUGUUAUGGAACACCUUUGGAGACAGGCUGGAAUGGAUUUCCAUAUGAGGUGUUAUGGUGUUUUACCAACAGGUUUCAAUCAAGGUUUCAUCGAAGUUGUUCCUAAUGCUAUUACAGAACAAGCGCUUCAACAAGAAAAAGGAACAUUCGCAGGUGUUUGGAACGUUUCUCUUUUCUCUGAUUAUCUUUGCAAAGUUAAUACAACAGAGCAAAAUCAGAUGCUCGCAAGAGAGAACUUCAUGUAUUCAUCUGCUGGUUAUGCUGUUGCAACUUGUGUUUUGGGUAUUGCUGAUAGACAUCCAGGAAAUAUAAUGCUCCAAAGUGAUGGACAUUUCCUUCAUAUUGAUUUUGGCCACUUUUUGGGUAAUUUCAAGACAAAACUUGGAUACCAAAGAGAAAAUGCUCCAUAUCAUUUCUCUCCAGCAUGUGUUAAUGUUUUGGGCGAUGUUAAUGGAGAAAUGUUCAAGAAAUACAGACAAUUGUGUGGAGAUGCUUUGAAUGUCUUGAGAAAGAACUCCAAUCUACUUGUCACAUUGCUUAUUCUUAUGCUAGGAACAGGAAUACCUGAACUUCAACAAGCAGAAGAUAUCAGAUAUAUGACCGAUAUGCUCUUCUUAAAUAAAACUGAUUCCGAGGCCAAGAUUGAGUUUGAUAGGUUGACAGAUCUCUCGAUUGAUUCAAAGAGAACAAAACUCAAUAACUUAUUCCACAAUAUUGCAGUAUCAGACUAG